AGCGCGCAGCCGUCGUCAGUGAGGGGCGAUGUGCUCUGCCCCCGGAGAACAAAGGGCGGGUGGGCUCUGCAUCACCUCAAUCACCACCUGCUGCUCCGCGUCCCGGGGAGCUGUCCGUGGUGCUGAACCCGCCCUAGCGCGCAGCGGAGCGGAGGCGGCCGCGCCCCGCGCAGCGCCCGGCAGUUGUCCGUGGUGCUGAACCCGCCCCAGCCCCUGCGUGCAGCCCCCAGCGCUGCCGCCCACCCUCUGCUCCCAACCAACCGGAGCAACUCGCAGCCCCAGGCAUCCUGUUGCACCGAGAAGGGGGAGAAACAGCGUUUUCCUCUGUCCAGAUUGAGAUUUGCUCGUGGCUCAGAACAAUGGCUGUGCUGCCAAGGCUGGUUUGUGCAUCUUCGUUCAUGUUGGUGGUUUGGGCUGGUUUUUGUUCUGCAGUAUGUGUUGAAGUUCCAUCAGAGACAGAGGCUGUCCAAGGAACGCACAUGAAGCUACUCUGCAUCUCCUGCAUGAAGAGGGAAGAAGUCACAGCCACCACAGUGGUGGAAUGGUUCUACAGGCCAGAGGGUGGAAAAGAUGAACCUAUCUACGAGUACAGAAAAACAAACCAUGAAUUUCCAGGCCGCUUCAGUGGUCGGUUACAGUGGAAUGGGAGUAAAGACAUGCAGGAUGUAUCCAUCACUGUGCUAAAUGUGACCUUGAAUGAUUCGGGUAUCUACACCUGUAACAUCACCCGGGAGUUUGAAUUCGAGAUUCACCGACCUCUCUUCACAAGCUCCAGACUGAUCCACCUCACCGUGGUCGAGGAGGCUGGAGAAGAUUUCACCUCAGUCAUCUCUGAAAUUAUGAUGUACAUUCUGCUGGUCUUCCUCACCUUGUGGCUACUGAUAGAAAUGGUCUAUUGCUACAGGAAAGUCUCUAAGGCAGAGGAGGCUGCACAGGAAAAUGCGACAGACUAUCUUGCAAUUCCGUCAGAAAACAAGGAAAACUGUGCUGUGCCUGUGGAGGAAUAGCAGAGAGGAGUCAGCGGAAUGGCACCAAGGGGCUCUGAAGACUGAAGGACCACGUCUUGCCAGCCAGGUUUGAGGGGGAGCUCUGCGCCAUCGGGAGGAAAUAUGGGGAAGUGUAAAUUCUCUUCCAUUUGCCUUGGACUCUGUACAGCCUUGACUUUGGCCUCAUGUCCGCAUUCUGAGCUGCCAGCCCAUUUGCUGAAGGACUCCUCUUUGGAAGCAUGCUGAGCAAAGGGCACAGGGGUGUGGGCAGCACGGCUCCUUCCCAAGUUUCAGUCACAUCAUCACAUUAAUCGCUCUGUAAAUGUUAAAUGUCAUUUCUUAGCUGCUGUCACCACCACCCUUAUUUGCUAAAUAUGCUAGUUCUCCAUUGCAGAGGUAAAGGGUAUGUAUGUCAUAUUUCUCUGACCUGCAGGGCUGGGAAUGAGGUCAUUUUAGGGUGAAGUUCCCCCAUAUUUUAACAGCCCAAACAGUUUUAUCGGUGUUAAAAAAGGAAGAACUUAAUUAAUUAGUUGUUACUUGGUAAGUUGCUCUGGACUUUGGGCUGCCUGUGCACAGGCAGAGUAGGAUGAAGACUGUAAAGCAUUAAAAUUGUUGAAAAUGUGUAGUAGGAAGUCCCUGUGCCAUGUUCACACUUGCUUCUGAAGGAGGGAGCUGAGAAUACAGACCCCUGCUUUGCGAGGCACUAUGACGUAAGUAUAAGAAUCUCCUGUACCCCCCCUUUCAAUUAGCAAGUGUCAAAAGUCUUAGUUCCUUCCAUUUGCCUUGCGUGGCAGGUUUACUGCUCAAGCACACAGAGACGCAGGGGUAGGAAUAACCUGUGGGAGCCACUUUCUGCAACAGGUGUGUCAGUAGGACCAGGUAUGCAGUUAGCCUCUUUCUGGGGAAAGCCCCAAAAGGAUGACAGCCUGAUGCAAGUGGGCACGCAAAGCAAAUACGAAGCUUAACCCUCACAGGAAAAGGCAGCACUAUAACAUGGUAGUACUUUUGUAACUGUGGUAUCAGUCUUUUCAUACUACAGUAUAGCACCGCCUAGAGGAAUAGAUGGAAAACACUUAUUUUUUCCUAGUUAAUCGUAAUUCUUUCUUGUAAUAAUUAGUCAUUGCUUUGAAUAGUCAGCAUUCAUCAUAAAUGAUCCACUGCUGCACAAGAAUCCCGCUCUUAGGUCAAUGUUUCCUAGGCAAACUUACCUUCUCAAUUGCAGUGGAUGAAACAGAGUACAAUUUCUAGCCUCAAAUGUAGAUCAGCUGAGCUCAACAGCUAGGAUUACAAAGAGAAAAAUAGGCAGAAAUGUUGGCUGGAGUGGAACGGUACCUCAAGAAAAAAAGGGGGGAAGUCUUGUUUGUUCAUAUAGCAGAUGCUGUUACAUCCCUGCUGUAACGGAGCCUCAACUGCUUGCAAGAGGUGACAAAUUUUGCUACAGACUGCUUCUAAAUAGUUACAAAGCGCUUGUAAAUCAAGGCGUGUUUCCCACCUUUGGGAUUUCUUCUGCUUUGUUCUGCUGCUUUUUAUGUGUUGCUACAAUCACAGAAAUUACUUCAUUCUUAAGUCAGGCCCAGGCCAGAUUUCUAACUGGCAGUUGUUCAAAAAUUCCUUUUUUUAGAGUGAGUGUCAACUUAUAGUAACUACUACAACAGUCUUCACAGUAGGAUUGCUCUUAAGUCCAGAGCAAAGUCUGGCAACCGGAGCCCAUUUUCCAGAUGAAGCACACUUGUGGUCUGGGCACUGUUUCCUUAAAACCAAUUAUACACAAGGGGAAAAAGCAGCUUCUCUUCUAAUUCAGCUGGAUGUCUCCAUUUUCCCUAGGCCUGCUUCCCAGGCCUCAGGGCAAUAAUGUUAAUCCUAACUCUAAACCCACAGCAGCAGAGGAGAGACUGGAUUAGAACUCCAACGUUGCUGUCACUGACCAUGGCAUUGACACCGAUGGUGACUUUUAGGUAAGGACUCCCUCUCCCAUUUCAACUGUGCUCCUCAGUCCCCAUGAGGCAUUGAUAAUCCUCUGGUAUCCUAAUGUUAAGUCAAAAAAGGAGCAAACAGAGAACUUCUGGAGAGCUACCUCAGGUGGUAAAGAAAGGACAUCCCCUAGGCCUGCACCUCCUGGUAUCUUACCUGCAUCUUCUUGAGAUGCUAUUUUUGACACAUCUUUCUCUUUUCCAGUUCCUGCAGAUAGAUACGACUAUUGCCCUGUGUUGUCCUAGGCAGGAUAAAAUGGUGUCUAAAUUGUGUGCAAGGUUCUCAUAGCAAACACAAAACAUUGGGACUUUUCAAGGGGGAUGUUAAAAGCAGGCUUUGUCCUGGAAGAGAUGGUCCUGGUUGGUCUCUGGAAAGACUCAAUCUGUAUUUGGAAGUGACAGAAGAGACUUUAGAUGAGGCAGGAUAAUAAAAAGAACAAAGCACUCAUGAGUCACGCUGUUUGUUUGAUAGAUCUUUUUAAUUUAUACCGUACUUCCAUUGUUCUAGCUACUUUACAGUAAAUUUUGGCUGCAUAGCCUUUACAAUUCCUAGGUUCUAGCAGGUAAGUUUCAUUAUCAUUUAAUCACAUUUUGCGCACAGCGCAAAGUUUGUGACAGACAACUCCCAAAACAAAACGACAUUCCUUCCCAACCCCACCCUAGAGUUCAUGUUAGAGCUACAGGCGCAUUUGCCUUGGCCAACAGCCCCCUCCUGCCUCCUGGGCUCUAGUGGUGACAUCCAAAGGGAGCCACACGCCGGCAGGCGAUUGUACAACCCACUCCCAUUCCCUGCUGACAUGAGGUGAUCCUCAUUAAUUCUGCAGUUACGCACAGCAAUUGGGGUCACAGGCUCCAGGACCUUGGGUGGGGAGAACACACUCCAGGUUUUUAGAAGCUUUAUCCAGCCCUGCAGCACACGAUGGGAGAUGGAACUGCUGUGAGAAUGGUAAUGUCCCAGAGGUGCCACAGCCACAUGAUGCCAGUCCUGAUGGUUGAAACGCUGGAAUGGUUCUGCUGCUCCUCCCUCCCCUCUGACUGCAUCAGGCCAAGAGUCAGGUUAGUGCUUCCAUAUCUGCUAAGUGCUACUACGGCAAGGGAGGUGGGCUUGCAGAGAUGGGGAAACACGUGCGUGUGGCACAGGCUGCACCUCUUUGCUGGAUAAAGUAGCCUUUUCAUAACAGCUAAUAUCCCAAAUCCUAGUGCCACUGGGGCAGUUUGGGCCAAAACUGAGACAUGACCAAAUGGCUCUAGAACCUGAGCUGCACAUUGAUUUUAUUUCUUAACUACUCUUGGAAUAUGGGUUGGGGAAGGUGGCCAUGUAAUGUUAGCAAUAGAAUUGGCCUAAAUGAGUGAGGUAACAGAAAUGGCCAGAGGAGGUACCUCCCUGAGCCAUGUGCAAAUAUAAUUCCUUCAGCAGAAGGAAGUCCUUUUCCCUGUUAAAAAAAUAAAACACAUUCACUUAAAGAGCAUACAGAUGGCAGCAAGGAAAGGCAAGCAGGGACAGCACCAGGUCAGUCCAUCUAUGACAUGGGAAAUGAUUGUCCAGCAGCAAAGGUGUGAGGGGAAAGGGAAAAGCCAUAGCAAGCACUGCAAAACGUGUGGGAGAGGAGGGCAUGGCAAGCCAUGUAGCCAUGCUAAGAGAGAAGCCCAUGCUGUCUGGCUAGAUCAGGAAAUAAUCUCAAUUGGCAGUUGAUAGAGACAUGAGGUUAUUUGGCCAGUGUGCACAUCUAGAAAAAGGAAGGUAUUAUGGCACAGAGAGACCCGUGCUGUAGAGACUGCAAAGCACAGAGAGAUUGGAGCAUGCCAGGCAGGGGGAACGGGCCAGAAAGUCAGCACAGUCACAUCUUGGAAACCACCAACACAAACAUUUCAUGAGCCACUGACCUCAUGCUUUGGUUUAAGAGUCUGUUUCGAGUAUUUUUCUAAGCAAGUCCCUGCCAGAUAUUUUAACCAGUGCCAGGACUGAAAAGAUUAAGCCAGAAUCCACAUGACUGCACUAUGAAACAUAUUGGUGGUAGCAAGCCUGGCAGAGAUCCCCUUGGGAAGAUCUCUGUGGAGGUUCAGCAGGUAGCGGAGAAAGCACUGCUCUGUCAAGAGCUGUAGGACAGUAGCAGCUGCCUUGACAAACAUGAUGGAAUUGCCUCCUCUGAGCUACCCACUGUUGCUUUAGAGUGUUUCUUACUGACUCACUCUGCUUUUCUGCAUACUGUGGAAGCAGGAAUUCCCACCUAUAAAGUAGAAUCAUAGAAUCACUAGGUUGGAAGGGACUCACUGGGUCAUCGAGUCCAACCAUUCCGUAGGUAGUAGUAGGAAGUGGUUAGCUCCUAUCCUCGUUGGGAAAAGCAGACCUUGACUGAGAGUCCCUGGUUAAAAUGGCUGGUUCAGUACACAUUGCGGAAACACUGUAAGGUCAUUCAGUUGAGAAGUCUUCUCAGGAGGGCAGAAUCUCCACACUGAUGGCAAAGGAGUACUCAGCAUGCUUGCCAUAUACACUGACCUCUUCACUGUGGAUCACUGUGCCUGGCUACAGACCAUAAACACCUGGGCACCAGCCUUCACAGGUCUGUUGUUCACAGACAUCAACUCACAGGCUGGCUUUAUGCUAACUGCACUCAGGUAAAUGAACCCAAGAGGAAGAGGAGUCCCAAAUGGUUUCCUAUUCCUAGUAGCACAGAAAGACCCUUCUAACUAGCCAGAAGCGAUUCACUCCCUGAAAUAUCUGCUACUAACCUCUGUCUCAUGGCUCAUUCUGUGCGAGCACUGCUGGUCUUCUUAAGGUUGGAGAUUACCUCCACCACUCUGUCCUAGGGCUGAAUGGUGUGAAAGCUGCAGGCUGCCCUCUGUCUGUCUUCUCUAUUUACGUGCCUUAGGAUCACUGAGAAAUGAUGGAAACACACAUCUAAGAAGGCAAAGCUACCAGGAAAGAGAGGGAUUAAGGCCACGUGGCACACAAGUAAUGUAUCUACCAGAACCUGCAUGUAUGCAUGCCUUUCUGGUUAGCACUUCUGACAUGCUGCAAGCCAAAGCGUGAGGUUUGCAAGCGCGUCUUUCACUCAAGUCUUGGUGCAUUGCAGGCACCUUCCCAUCACCUUUAUAUCUGCACAGAAAUGACUGUGGAGCACAAACUAAAGGUCUCUUUUCAAUUGUCCAGACUAAAGGUGUAUCCAGCCACCAUUUUAAAAAUGAACUUCUACCUUCUUAUAUAAAGAUGGGAAAAAGCAUACACGUAGACUACAUGGUUUAGUGCAUGGUUUUAAGGGAAAAGUAGGCUAAAAUGUCUGUCCACAUCUACACCUACGUGAGCUGAAACUAAUGGGGUCCGUUAAGAACACACAUUAAGCACAUCAAGCUUUUUGAGAAGGGAUACUGUGAUGCAGGCAUCGCUAUUUCAGAGGCGAUUUUGGGCUGGGGCUUUAAAUCCAGAAAGCAUCAUGCUUUAAAACCUUGCUUCUUUCAAUAGAGUCAUAUUUAUAACAAAAGCAUGUUGUGUAUCUCUUAGACUUCCCUUUAUUAGAGCUGAAGCAGAGAAGUGGAGGCAGGUGCUCAAAUGGACGAGUGCUGCCCCAGACCAGUACAGCAAUCUAUAACCUGAGUGUGAAUGCAUUCUCUAUGUCAGCAGCAUCACUGAAAUGUAUUAAGGAGGUCAAACUUGGGUGGGUUUUUCCUCUUUUCUCCAAGGACUUAAGGGAGCCAAAAAAACAUUUAUGCAGAAGCUAGUUAGCAUCAAUUAAUAUCAAAGUUUUCCGACUGCAGCCUUGGAUUAUGAGAUAAUAGUUCAGCAUCCAAAAAGCAUGGUUACCCAGUUAACUCAUAGCUAACUCCUACUCUUACCAUUGUAAGUACCUUUCUCUUUUUAAAUGGAAUGUGCAGACUCAGCAAUGCCCCUGUUUUGGGCACAUGCUUCUGACAUUUCCACCUGACAUUUCUCUUUUGCUCCUUAUUAGACUUAAUGCUCAGGAGCUGCAUUAGAUACAUUUGGUACCUACUUUAUGAAUGCACGAUUGCUUAGCAGUUAUCCAGGUCUCAAAUUCACUUUGAGCUCAUCCCAGAUCCCAUAACACAAACAUUUCUUUUAAGGUAAGCACUAGAGGACACCUAUUUAGCAGAAAUGAGAUUGUAUCCAGUUAUGAUUACGAAGUAUAUUCUUCUCUCGUAUAAACAUGUGAGACACAAAGUGCCAAAUCAGAGCCUUCUCGUUCUUCUCCCUCUUCCCAGCAGGGAGCAUCUUUCUUGGCAAGAAUUAAACUACUGCUGUUGGCAUUAGUUUGCACAUUUUGCUGGAGAAAUGCUUUUUUUAUGAUUUUUUUUUUCGUAGUGGUUCAGAUUCUGCAUAUCACACCCCAGCUGGGAGCAGAAGGGUCAAAGGGAGGAUCUGUUGGAAAAACACAUCUCCAAGGUGCUAUUAAAAACUACCAUUGAUGUGGGAUUUCUGGCACAGGUCAGCAAAGUGAGUAAAGGAGCAAAAUCCUGACAAUGGAAGCCAAGCUACUACCUUGCCAUGGCUGCCUGCGGAAGGCAGUCGUGCCACCCCCUGUAACAUCUUUCAGGUUGCUUGACUUCGAUCCUAUAAAUCGUUGCUAAUUCCUCCAGGAAAUAUAAUUAUAAAGUGACAGGUCUAAAUUGUCUAUGGCUGCAAAAGGCAUUAAUAUGUUGAUUGGGACUCAGCUGCAGUAGCAAGCGAUUCCUAUCUGCUCUCUAGAGGAAGGCAUCUAGGCCAAAACAUACUGAGGUUUUGUUCAAGCCCUCACCUUUAGUGCCAUUGUGGGUUUUGCCUUAAGAAAAAGACUUUGCUUUUUUUCUCUUUUAUUACUACUGGGAUAAAUUAAGAGUCAAUAAAAGAUAGUGAACAUUAUCCAACUCCAAGCUAGACUUGCUGCCAAGUGGCAAAAAGGAGUAAAUAACUGAGAAUCCAAGUAAAAGAAACCUAAGGCCUCAAAGAGAAACCUUUCUUGGUCUGAAGGGCACUGCAUGUACAAGGUUCUGUUUCAUGACCACCACCCUUACGCUCUCUAUUGAAGGAUUUAACGUAGCUGUGUGUCAAGAAAGAUAGCAAAUAUGUUAAACUCCUUUUAAAGUCAGGCAGAAUGAAUAUUAGUGCUCAAGAUUGUUCCAGCUGCUUCUGCAUGGUCUCGCAUUCAUUUAACAUUUAACUUGUGCAAUUCUGUCUCUAGAGCUAGGCCAUACCAGCAGGAACACCCCAAACCUAACACAACAGCAAACUGGAAGAAUGAUGCAAAGGAAGAAGGAUGUACAGAUGAGUGACCACAUUUCUUGCCUCCGUAACUAGCAAGAGGAUAUGAAAUCUGUAAGAAACCAAUUCUGAUCAUUAGCAUUUAUUUUCAGCCCUCUUGGACAGGUGGGUUUCUCUGUCUCUCAGUGGGUUACACCCAUCUAUGCACAAAACAAUCCUGGUUCCAGGUUUCUCUCUCAAGACAUGGCCACGUUCUUUUCUGGCACAGGUGAAGUGGCAGGCACAGGGCCUCCUUUCUGCCUUCACUCUUGGUGCUUAGAAUUAAAUUCCAGGAAAAGGGAUGAGGGGAUUUUUCUGUGCGUAGUAAUGUGAGAGUAACUAAUGGGAAAUGAGACUUGACUAGUGUGGCAAGUCACAGCAGGGAGUCAGAGCCCUCCUGUCCCGAGACAAGCUGCAGAAUGCCCUUCCCAGGCACUUAGCACCUCAGUUUCAUUGUACAGUAGCCAUUUCAGCAGCCUCCCUGGAAAAAAGCCAGGGAGCAGUACAGUAGUCAGCAGCAUUAAAUUAAAUAAAUAGUCAUAAAUACAUGUACUCUCUAGUUGCUGAGGCAUGGUUUCCUCAAUUGUACCUUGCUUUCACACUCUUACAUGUCUUUUUGAUAACACAUCUUCAUCCAUGCUCCUUCAAUUGUGAGUCUUCAUCUGUGGGAUGUGUUUUUAGUACUUGGUCACAAAAAUUGUAGGCAGGAUGGGAGAAACCAGCAGGUUACUUCACAUAUGAUACCUUUCCUUAACUGGCACGCACGAGCAGGAGCUUGUGAGGGUUUGCUUUGGAUUCCACUUUGUACCAGAAACUCUUAUUCACACAGCUGGGUGACAGAGAUAUGAAGACCAGUUACUCACCCUUACGUCCCCUGCUCUUUCAGCACCCAUUAGAGCUAGAGACAACGGAUGAGCUACAAUUCCUUGUUUGCAUACAAGGAAUAUGCAGCUGAUUCCCUCCUCCAUUUGGAAUGUGGAAAAGGCCUGGUGUUGAACAAGGUGAAGACUGAGGGACUCACAUAUCACCUAAUCUACCUGACUGGAUAAGAUGAAAAAAUGCAUUUAUUAAGCAUUCAAACAAGCACCCUGCAUCACAACCAGUCACAGUGGUAGUUGGUCCACCACGGUGUGCAGCCUUGCUGCCCCUCUUCCUCAUUAGUUGCCAGGAGGAGUCUCAAGUUAUCCCCUAGAACAAGUGAAAAUGCAUAUUGUCUUCUUCAUUUGACUUGCUCACAGAGCAAAUGUUUUACAGUCCAGCUUAUGAGGGAUACCACCUCAGAUGCCUCACACUGUGGAUGCCCCUCCAGAUCUAUCCUGCCACUCACUGAUGGUACCUAUUUUCUUUCCUUUUUGGUCCCUGUGACCCUUCCUAACCACUUCUGGACCUUCUGAGGCCUCGCUCCUCAGUAGAUGCAGUCAUACCGACAUCCCAGUGAAGGAAAGGAGGUUCUUUUUCUCCCUACUGUUUUCCUGCAGAGGAAGGUAAGGGCUGGAUGGGGUGAGCAAAACAGUCUCUCCUGUAGGGGCAGGAGGGAAAUCUGCUGAGCAGAGUAGUGGGAGUGGUUGCAAAUAAAUACUGAUUUUGGUUUUCUUUUCAAGGUGGGGUACUCCCCUUAUCGUGGGAAGUCGCGCAGGUAGUAGCCCUUUCAACACUAAUGUAAAUCUUCAGCACAGGGAUGGCUUAAUGGCAGGGGCUCAAGCACAUAGAAAGCAGAGAACUACAGAAAAUGUAAAGGGGACACUGUCAAAGGGAUGGAAGUGUGCUUUCUGCAGUAUGGCUCUCCUCCAUCCAUGCACCUUGUAGGCAGAUACUUCCCAUCCUACCAUCCCCUUGGCUACUAUGAAUGCAGUAUCCAUAACAGGAGACAGCAAACUCAUGUUUGGGGAAUGCAUUUCAGCUCAUAUACAUUCUGUGCUUUGCUCUAUGAACAGGGCUGGACAGCAUGACAGCAAAUUGCAUUUCUCCUCCAAGGUUAGAAGGCAAUUGCCGCUGAGAUCUGCUCUCUACGCAACUAUAGUAAUUUAUCUAGGGGCCUCCUCUCCAAAUGCAGAACAGUUUCAUGAGAGUUUGAUGGCAAUUGCCAAAACCUCUCUGCCCUGAAGCCAACAAGGUAAGGAAGUUGACAGUGUCCCCUUUGUCUGUAUAGAUAACUAUGGUCAAUCAGGGACCUUCAUGCGCAGGGAGGGAUGGGGGGGCCACUCACUCUGAUGCUUCCCUUUGAAACAACAAAAACAAAACAGAGAGACAGACAGACAGGAAUAUUACAGAAGAGUGGUGCAUGGGCCCAGGGGAGUGCACAUCAGCACAACCCUAAGCGCACCUCAGUGCUGGGAGAGCACAGCCCUCCCACACACGCACCCACCACGCUACCACUGAGACGCUCCAUUUCAGCCAGUGUUGGAGGUCAUUCCUUCCUCUCGAUACGUAUGCUUUUUUUUUCCUCUUAAAAUCUGUAUAUAAUAUAUAUAUUUAUAUUCUGUAUAUAUAUACUUAUAUAUAUAUAUUUAUAUAUCGUAUUUACACAUAUUGCACACCGUC